AUGGCAGAGAACAAGACAUGGCCCAUUAUGAAAAGUCCCGAGUCAGAUGUUGUCAUCUUUCUGGGGUCCCCCAGAGCUGAGGUUGUAAUAAAUGGCUCUUCACUGCCAGCUGUUGUUGACAGAAGUAAUGAGAGCAUUAAACACGGCAUCCAGCCGGCUUCAUCCAAAUGGAGACACAACCAGACACUCUCUCUGAGGAUCAGGAAGCAGAUUUUAAAGUUCUUGGAUGCGGAGAAGGAUAUUUCCGUCCUUAAGGGGACCCUGAAGCCCGGAGAUAUUAUUCAUUACAUCUUUGAUCGAGACAGCACAAUGAACGUUUCCCAGAACCUCUAUGAACUCCUUCCCAGAACCUCACCCCUGAAGAAUAAGCAUUUCCAGACUUGUGCCAUCGUGGGCAACUCGGGGGUCUUGCUGAACAGCGGCUGUGGGCAGGAGAUUGACACACACAGCUUCGUCAUAAGGUGCAACCUGGCUCCAGUUCAGGAGUAUGCCCGGGACGUGGGCCUCAAGACAGACCUAGUGACUAUGAACCCCUCAGUCAUCCAGCGGGCCUUUGAGGACCUGGUGAAUGCUACGUGGCGGGAGAAGCUGCUGCAGCGGCUGCAUGGCCUCAAUGGCAGCAUCCUGUGGAUACCUGCCUUUAUGGCCCGGGGUGGCAAAGAACGUGUGGAGUGGGUCAACGCUCUCAUCCUGAAGCACCACGUCAACGUCCGCACGGCCUACCCUUCCCUGCGCCUGCUGCACGCAGUCCGAGGAUACUGGCUGACCAACAAAGUUCACAUAAAAAGACCAACCACUGGCCUCUUGAUGUACACUCUGGCCACACGCUUCUGCAAUCAGAUCUACCUCUAUGGCUUCUGGCCCUUUCCACUGGAUCAGAAUCAGAACCCCGUCAAGUACCACUAUUAUGACAGCCUCAAGUACGGCUAUACUUCCCAGGCCAGCCCCCACACCAUGCCCUUGGAAUUCAAGGCCCUCAAGAGCCUGCAUGAGCAGGGCGCAUUGAAACUGACGGUCGGCCAGUGUGAUGGGGCCACGUAAGGAUGGCAGCCCGCGGGACUCAGUGGCUCACUUUCCUGCCAGCUACACCACAGGCAGAUGGGAGUCGGGGUGGCACAAACAAUAGAACAAGCAGGCUAGUGGUUUCCUUUGUUACAGUGUAAAACAGUGACCAGAAUAUAUAUAUCUAUACCUGCAUAUAUAUAUUGACCUGAGUAUUUAUAACUGUGUGGUGUUCAUCUAGCGUUAGGCAGAUAAGCCACAGGAAGAAGGUGUGGAGAACCCACCUGGACCAGAUGGAGACUCAGUCCACCUUUGGGGACAGAAGGACUUGACAGGCCAAGAAGCCAGUCCCAUGACUUUGAAUGACAACCCGCCUCCUGGGUUGGACGGAUCUCUGGGCUCAUGGAUGAAUGGAGAGCCACCUGUUGUCAGCUUCCCCGAACCUCUGAGUGAUGUGGAUUCUGGGUAGCCCAGACCCAGAGAGGACAGUUUGAACCAGUCUAAAGAGGUGCAGUUCAUGGAGGAGAGACUUGGAGAGUUCCGCUGGGCAAAGAGGCACAAGGAGACCAAACAUCGGAGGUCACGACAGAGCGGAGGACCUUGUUCAUGAACUUGAGAGUGUAAGUGCCCAGAGUACACAUGGGUAGCACCUGUGUCCCCGAGAGGCCUUCCCAGCUGUGGAGACAGGCUGGAAGAAACUCGAUCGACAGCCCCAUAUCCUGGUUAGACAGGGGCCACCCAGGACUUAGUAGGGUGGAUCGGCAGAUGACCCUAAAGAGGUAGAGUGUUAUGAAUUAUGGUUUUAGAAGCUUGAGACCUUCCAGGGGUUUGCUCCGCCUCAGAAAAGAACAAAAGAGUGUCCAAAAUAUGGUCGUUUUGUUGGGUGUGCUUUAAAGCAACUGAGGCCCACUGAGGAAGAAAUGAUCCUGGGACUUCAACUUCCCGGUUAGCCUUCAUCCCAUCUUCCAAGACUGUCACACGAGAGAACUCUACUGUCCUGUCUGCCACCAGAAAGACACAGCAAAUGCUUGAAAGGGCACAAUCACAAUAGGUCUCAUCCUGUUCAAAACAUACACGAUGGUACACGGUGGCCUUUCUAGGCGCCCCACGGAGACCCGGACCGGGACCCCUGGAAGACUGUGGCGCGCCUGGCUCUAGGUCUCUAUGUCACUCUGUUUGCUGUUGACAUCCUGCACUCUGAGGGUCCCCGGCAGUCAGACGGCCAUGUUGGUGUCACCUUCUCAUCCCUGUCCAUCUUGACAGUCGCACCUGCCACAUUAAGCUCCACCAUGGAGACUUUCAACUCUUCUGGGAGAGGUUCUCAUGUCCACUCUACACACCUGCCCACCCUCACCCCACUACACAAGCAAUGGCUGCAGUUUUGGCAAAAAUCCUUCCCCGCCCCCAUUAAGAUUCACACUGAAGGCUUGUUUUCCUAGUAAAAGCCCAAAGCCAAACACAGAAACACGGGACAUAAUCUCCAGGGGAAAUCUGGGCUCACUGCCAGUAACUUAGGGGUUGGGCUUACAGGUCACACGCAGCAAAGCCUUAUCCAGCUUGAUUUGUUAGAUGCAGUCCCUCUCCUGAUAAAUAAUGGUUUUUUAAAACAUGUUUGAAAGAUAAGAAAGAAAACUAUUAUCUUGAAGGUGAACAGAGUUACAGAAAGUAAUCAGGAGCUGUUCCCAAGCGCAUGAGGCCUGACGUAAUUAAUCAACAGCCAUUCAGAACACAGCAUUUGCUCUAAAUUAGUGGCUGAUGGGAAAUGAGCAGAGACAAUGGAGACACCCCAGAACCAUUAACCCCGGGCAUCAUCCCCCAGCCCCAAACCAGGAUGAGGAUUGUACAUCUCCAUGUUCCUCUCUUCAUUCCUGUUGCAGUACGAAGCGUGUGAUUUGGUUUGGGAUUUGCAUCAUAAAAUGAAUAUUUAAAAAAAGCAGCAGCCCUAACAGCCACCCGGGGAACUGAGUGGUUCAGCCUCCCCAUGAGCAGCGGAAAUAAUUAGCAUCAUAUUUUACAUGUCUCCGGAGCCUUUCAUCUUAAAGAUCUCAAAGGCUCUAGAAGACAUUUAAUUUCUAAAGUUUGCAGUGCCCUGGAGGAACCGGUAAAAAUCACCAGAAGGGCCUUGCAUUAGUAAAGCCCCUGGAUGUCAGACUAGUCCAUGUGGCAGCCCAGAGGUCAGGUUCUGGAGGUGACACCAAGCUUCACCCAGAAUCCUCUCUCUGCAGAGGAGGUAGAGGGCCGGUUGUCUAACUGGAUUUAAGCAGGCUGUAACCUAACCAGGAAAAGUCAGCAAUCCCAGGACUACCCAGAUAUGCCAUUUCCCUGACUCAGCAGGUCCUUGGCUAUCGAAAUGAUCUGGGCAUAGAGCAGCAGGGACUCUAUGAGCCUUAGCUUCCCCUCUCCUCGUUCUCCUCCUGCCAAACUCACAGUCAGCAGCCAACUGCCCUUGACUGCCUGCUGAGAACUCACUUGGGGCUGGGUUUCACUGAAGUCUUUAGCACAGGCUGGCUGACCUUGGCUGGCCCCCAAGAGGCACAGACUGCACUCUUAACUCGAUUGCUGCCACUGAGAUCAAUUCUAGCAUCCCAUCAGCCUCCGUCACCUCCUCAGCCCACCCACCUAAGCUUGCCAGACCUCCAUUUACUUUGAGCCCCCAGCGACUCCACCCUUAGCCUCUGCCGUCACCAAAUUAAAAAAAAAAAAAAAAAA